AUGUCGGUGACAGCAGUUGUGGUGGCUUGUGGUUAUGAGUUUAAACCAUUGAAGAAGCAGAUGAGUGGCAUCAGCACACGCGAAGUUGGCGGGAAGGUGUAUUAUUGCGGUAAGCUGGAGGAGAAAGACGUUGUCUUGGUCCAGAGUGGCGUUGGGCGCACGAAUGCCGCAGCGACCACGGCGGUAUUGUGCGUGUUGUUUAAGGCGCAGCUCGUCAUCAACUCGGGCGCCGCGGGUGGAAUAAGUCGCACAUUGAAGAUCGGUGACAUCAUUGUCGCCGAGAAACUCGUUUACGGCGACGUUGAUAACUGCUGCUUUGGCUUACAGUUCGGCCAAGUACCCUACGACUCCCCAGCGUUCUAUACCGCCGAAGAAAUUCUACACAAAUUUCAAACCGUCUGCCAACAGAUGGUCGCUGAACAACCCGUUGGGAUACAUCGGGGGCUCGUGGUGACUGUGGAGUCCUUUUGCGAGUCGGAGGAAACGAAGCAGGGGUUGCUUAAACACUGGCCGGAAGCGAUGGCCGUGGAAAUGGAAGGUUGUGCGGUCGCGCACGUGUGCCAGCAGUUUAAAGUGCCGUGCCUUAUUGUGAGAUCCGUGUCGGACACAGCAGACGACCAUGCCGAAUAUGACUCGUUCGCCAGCCUCGCUGGAGAGCGGUCUGCCCAAAUGACCAGAGCCUUUCUUAAACAGAUCUAG